AUGCCCUCUCUGCUCGUAAACCAUCAAUCCAAGGCACGCCAAAAGCCUUGGGAUGGCAGCCACGCUCGACUCGGAUACGAAGACCGCAAUGGUCAGGGGAAAUCGCUCAAGGAGCGCGCCUAUUUCGAUCCAGCCCUUCCUGCUGAAAUCAAGGUGUCGGCGGAUUACGAAGACAAGAACGGGGUUCGAUUUUCGGAGAAAAGUUAUGAUGCGGUUUUGCAUGUUCGUAUUGAAGGAUGUCGAAUUGUAGUAGCAGUACCUGGGAUCAACGUUCUCGAGCAGCUGUUCUGUCUCGUAGGCAGUAGAUCUUCGAUGUCCUCACACAAAAAUAUCUCGAACCUUUUGUUGACCUCCUUCCCCACGUUCAUACUCUGGGGAAAUCCCUCCUCCAUUGGGAUCCGGAUGAGCACAAGAAGGCCUCCAGCAGUGGCUGGGACAACCGAUGGUCUAAAGCAGCUUCUAUCGGAUUAGAGGACAAUCAUUUGCUGAAUCCGCACUGUCGACACUACUUCGCGAAAUCAUUAAGACAACACGUCGCUGCAAGAAAAGAUUAUACAAGAUAUUAGUUUUCUAACUUUUAGGAAAGAAUAAGAAACUUGAGAAUUCUAAGGCGCCAAUGAGAUUGUUAGUAAAGCAGCUGCUUAUCAAGAGCAACAUUCUUGGCUCUCUUUCUCAGAGGAAGGAAAGAGAGGCCAAAGAUGGCACGAAGGAUGCGAGGCUGUGGUAGCUCUAAAAUCAGGUCUCCGUACGUCCUACCGCGUCCGACAGUUGCCAGCACCAAAAAAGACUGAGGCUGAAAUUGCAGAGAAAGAACUGGAGGAAUUUGGAGGGAUCUAUAAUGGAUUGGCAGGAGUGGCUGGGGGAGGUCCUAAUUUGUGAAGAGGGAUUCUAGCGAUAUUUUGUAAGACCCGUCAACGAGUCGUGAUCAAAACUUUUAUAUUUUUUUUUUACUUUGCCCUAACAUAGGCGCCCAGCAUAAGCUUGACAACAAUCCACAUCGCCAUCCCAUAUCAAUUGCAGAAUUGAUUUCAAGCCUGAAAAUAGAUGACAUCACAAUCUCACUCUUCUCAUCAAAAGAAACACUACAACAGGUAUUAACAUUCGAUCGCACAGUGCAGACCAACGCUCCUUAGAUUCGUUUUUUACGAACAAUUCCAACACGAACCAAGACAACGCUCCUGAGAUGAAUUCUUAUCGUUCCUCCAGUAUGUCUGCACGCGGUUCGAAGCAGGAGUGGGAUAUGACGUUUGCAACCAGACCAAGUUCUCGCAUGAAUGUUUACCGUGACAAGAACUCCCGUGAGUACUUCCAACGUCUUCCCGACGCCUACUCCAGAGACUGGUUCCAGCUAGACGACGAAGCAAAAUACCGCCAAUCCUACGCCCCAAAGCGAAACUCGGAAGUUUCCGUAGUGUCUGGAGAAGAGGGGGAUGGAAGUACUAGCGGUUCAGCGAGAGGGUCAGCAAGAGGGCCGUUGGCUACUAUUAAUACGGAUCCUUCUGCUCCAGGAUCUGAUGCACGAAACCUGAUGAAUCGAAGGGAUACCCUCUCCUCUACUGCAACGUCCGAUGCAGAAUCUGCGAGCAACAUUAAGGCUUCUCGAAAAUAGGCUUUAUUUUCUUCUGUCAUGCUACUCGCUCCUACUCAAAAAUGAGAGAGUGUCCUCGGUUUCAUGGAACUAGCGAUCCCUGUACCAAGAAGGCUUAGAAGUAGUCUGAAAGGAAUUCAUCCGGACAUCCUGAUUUCCUUACGUACACUAUCUAUCUCAGGAUCUAAUCCAAGCAUCGCCGCGGGAUCGAGUCAUAGUGGUCUCUUCGGAUUGAGUGCGGCGUCAACAAGGAUGAGCACGCCAGAUCCAGACGUGCCACACGUAUCGAGACGUUCUUACAGCAAGAGCGCUUUUUCCAACAGUGCUAGUGCAGAGGAACACUCUUUCUCCUCGGAACAACAACUAUCUUCACAGAAAGCAUUUAAUCCGACGAAGAUGAACGGCGCUCCAUCCGGUGCUUCGGCUGCGUCUACGACCGGUUCUGCAUCGGCGUUUUCUAGCAGCGAAAGCGAAGUUGAACAACCACACGCUCUUGACGGUUCUUUAGCUGGAGGUGGAAGAAAAUUUUCGCAGAUUACGGUCUCAACGAAGGCAGACAGCUCACAUAGUAGUCCACUCCAGUCUACGGCAUCGUCGCCAGGCACUGCAGUGGCAACCGGGCUGGGCAACGUCUUGGGAGGUGGUGGAAGGGACAAUGUUGGUAAUAGCUUGAUCUCUUUGUAGUUAACGUACACGUACUUCGAAGUUUUCCACCUUUCAUUUAAGUGAAGUUACAGCCCCUCAUUUUCUAGCAGAAAAUGCAACAGUCCCUCACACCUAUGUUUCCUGUAUAAAUGUGGGUCCCCCCUGAUCAACAUCAGUCCUCGGUCCCAUCGCUGGUCACCAGUUAGUUCCUAUUGAGGAGCAUUCGGGAAGUCAGGAAUUCCGAAGUGCCAACGACGCGAUACCUGGUCGUGGCCGCGAAGUCGAGGUGCCGGUCAAACCGUCAACGGCGCCAGAAAGAAAAGCGAUGAGUUUGGAUCGCGCGAAAGCUGCUGGUUUUGGGACGCCGAAAUGGUAUGUUUGUUGACCACUAGUUGUGACAAACCUUUCGUUCCCUACAAGAAAUAUAGAAACCAUCUUCCAAGAACAUGAUCCAAAGGUACGUCUACGGUCUCCUCUCCGCUGACAACAAGAAACUGCACCCAAAUUGCCGCCACUAUUUUGCGGUUCCUGGGAUUGGAACGGGAUGCCGCCUUCGUGGGAUUCCAGUAGAAAAGAGGAUGACAGAUCGUGCUUCUCGACGUGGCAUGCAUAUGGAGCCCGAACGUGCUCCCUUCAAUGCAAGUGACCCCUAUGGUCUUCUCGCUGAGCAGAGAAGUAGCAGAAGCAGCAGUCGAGGAGGAAACUCUGCUACGUCAAGCAGGAUGUCAAGAUCAGUGUCAGUUGGGCAAGAAAAAUCGUCAGGAGCCGGGAAGGGAUGGAACGAUCGACAUCACUUAUUGUAAUGACUUAAUAUGAUUUUUCUUGCUUUUGGUCAUAGCUUUGAUGUAAGGUGAUUUGAGGACACGAUAUCUUCUCUUUCAUGACAUAGACAUGCUUCCUUCAGUGCUGAUUUGUUGUGUUUUUACAUAUCCACCCAUGUCCACCACGCUCCAUACUAACCACAGGUACUCACGAACGAACUCCGGUCUCUCAGCCGGUGUAAGAGAUUAUUUCUCCACCGAGCAUCACAGCAAGUAUCUCCGACGCCAUCGGGAAUACGAGUGAGAGGAAUUGGAAAUUUAACAGCACUCAAGUGGAUUGCUUUCCAAUAUGUCGAGACGCUGGAAUUUUACCGCUAUUUAAUUUUGUUCUUGAAUGAACUCUUUUUGAAAGACUCGAAUAUCCAUCAAUAAGGUAAUAAUGGACUUUUUUUCUGGUAUUUAAUCAAAUGAACGCAGCUCAAGAUAGUCUGCUCUUUUUUUUGUAAUUUCUCGGAACGAAAUGAACGUAGUUGGGCAAUCAAAUGUCGGAUACAAGAGAUAUGAAUAGACUGACAUUUUUACUAUAACGAACUAGGAGUUUGUGAACACCUAUUGAAGCGGCUUUUCCACAUGAAUAAUGUCACCCGUGUGCAUAGCAUAAAAAAUGAACUGUAUUUAGUGGUGACUUUGGUAUGCAAGGAUACUUAUGCUUUUUUUUUGUACAGUAGCUGGUAAAAGUAGUUUUGCUGACUAAUUUGCCUCUUGAUGCGCGAAAUCUCCAAUUUGAAAAUUUGAAUGACUCAAGAAAUUAGCAUUAGCGAUAAAACACUCAAUGAAUAUGAACGAGCUAAACUACAUUGUUAAGAUUCAUUGUCGUCAUGUUUGUAGGCGAUACUGGAUUCUGAAAUUGAAUUGUUCUCAUUUUGAUGAGCGUCUCCAUCCUGAACUAUACUUUUUUUUGUCAAGCAGUCAGAAACAGAAUAGUAUAGAACUUGUUUUUUUUGGUCUUCUCUUUUGUAGUGAGCCUCCUGCCUUUCAUCUAUUUUGUUGUCAGAAGAUCCCGAUCAGGGCCAUUUCUUGCCGGGCGAGUGGGCCUCUUUUAGCAGAUCAAACUACACUCAGAAGUUUAAUAUGGGAUCACGACUUUGGCAGUAGAUCUUUAGUAGGUCAAAACAAGCAGCCACGACAGGUGGGCAACAAGCCUGAAGUAGAUCUUUUAAUCUGCACCGAGACAAUGAAGAUGGAAUUCCCACAGAGGUCAGUGCAAC